AUGAAGGCAUCCGGACUGUUCGGCCAGUGUCUAUACGCACGUGGAGAUCAUGUCGAAAAGUCGGAUCGAGACAAGUCGGCGACAAGUCGACGGCCGACAGUGGGAGGCCAGACGAGCAGAUAUAGUUAUAGUAUUUGUGUCGGUCGCGAAGUGAUUCGAUACGUGGGUUCACGGCUAUUGGCGGAGCCAGGUUCCACAUCCUGGCAUAUGGGUUAUCAUGACUUCGCCCGAGAUGGCAUUCGCAUGGAUGGUUCUGUGACACAGCAUUAUACUCAUGGCUACGAAGGCAACGAAGCCACAGUGGAGCUGCGCUGUGGACCCACGCCCAUGGCCGUCGAAAGCCUGGAGGACCUGGGCCACUCCUUGCACGUGGUCAUCUCCUCAUUCGCCUACUGUGACUGGGCUAGCUUCCCACUUGACGGGUAUCUGCCCGGAGGCCAGACCAAGGAUGCUGCAGAGAGUUCAAGCACGGUGCCGACGACCGGAGACUCCCAGGUGGCAGCGACGGAGUGGGUGCCACGAUCUUUGGCCUGGCUUCUCUCGCCAACCUUUGGCCAGUGUCACAACGUAACCUACAAAUUCUGGACCUAUGAAUACUGCCACCCGGACAGCUUGCUACAGUUCCAUCCGGAGCCAAACGGGUCCGUCAAGGACGCCAUGUUCCACUUGGGCGUAAACAUACCCAGUCGUGACCCGCCUCGUUCCAACUACCAAGAGCCGAACCCCAUGUGGCCUCGGUCUCGCAACGGGAAGACGUACACCAUGCCAAGCCUGUUGUCCAAGGACUGGGCCGUGACCACGUCCACGGCUUCGGCUUCGGCCACGGAGGGCAUGACCACCACAGAGGGCGCCACCACUUCGGCUUCCGCGUCGGGCGGGACUUUCCAGCCCUGGUCGAUGUGGGAUGACCUGGACUUGCAUGUGGAGAUCAUCCCGCCGACGUUACUGGGCUUCAGUGCGGGGAUGGGGUACUGGCCACGAGAAGCAGGGGCGUUGGGGUUGAAGAUGUACAUGAGCGCAGGUACGAGAUGUCCGAGUAACCCGAACGGAGUGCGUCAAACGUACGUAUACUUCUUCUGUCCAAUGGAAAUGAUCAACGCGAAGACGAUGCGAGUUAUCAACGUUCUGGAGGUCAAGGAAUGUGUCUAUAGCGUUCUGGUUGAGAUGGCGAGUGUGUGCGCACACCCUCUACUCAAACCCAAGGUCCCCACCAUUCCCGAAAGCAUCACCUGUCACAAGGCCAUCAACUCCCUACGAGUCCCAAAUGAGGGCGUUCUAGACCAGGGUAAGGCCCCAACCGAGGGUGCGGACGGCGUCCUACCCAUAAACCGGCGCGCUGCUGCCGUUUUGGAAUACUGGUUCGACCGGGGCAACGACGCCUCGGCGACUUCAACAUCGGACGGUGAGGACUUCGUGGUCCUGAGUGGCGAGGACCAGAGCCAAUUGCGGAGCGAAUUACUGCACGCUUUCAACUGGUUGCCGCUCAGUGCCGGGAACGCCGAACUCCUGCGCAAGUUCCACUUGGAACAGGACUCCUUAGCAGCACCAGCGGCGGACGACGAUUUCUUGGCGGGGCACGACCCGUUGGCCGCGGACGACCAACGGGUCGCGGACGACCAGUGUGUGCUGCAGGGUGCGGACGCCGGCAUCCGCUGCGGUUCCAUGGUAUACCAAGCAGCCGAGGUCAAGUGGAGACUCCUGGAGCGGGCGCCUCGCACUGUGACGAACGCUACGAAGCCGUAUCCGCCCGUGAGCGCGCAUCUGUUCGCUCCUGGCGAAAGUGUGCGGAACCAGCGCACGGGUCAAACGGGCAUUGUCCAGUCCGUGCACCCCAAGGUCGCCGUGCCUGAGAGCUGGCUGGAUUUUUACGCCGGCGCAUGGAACGCCGGCGGGACCAAAGAGGAGGAAAAACGGACCCAGAUCUGUCCGUACUAUCUCGCCACCACUCCAGUAAGCCGCACCUGA